ACGACAAGUUUGAUUAGUUAAUGACAUUCGAACCAGACCUUAUCUUCGCAAACUCAAACCUCUCCUCCUUGCCGGCGACGCUUCUCUACUGAUAAAUCAUCAGCAUCAUCUCAAUUUUCUUUAUCUUUGCCCUCUCCGUCAAUGUCGAUUCCCUUGCCCCUCACUUCUUACUCGCCAAUCUCAACUUCUUCUUCUUCUAUUUCCCGAACCUCUUUCGUCCCUCUCGCCCCUCGCCAUCGUAAUCUCUUCUCCGAUCAGAAUGUAACUAGGCGUGUGCUUAUCAGCUGCUCUUCUUCUUCUUCCUCGAACAAUGGCUCAACUCCAGAACCCAAGAAUAAUGGAAGUGGGUUAAACGGCCAGUCAUCGUUUCCUGGAAUGCCUUCGUUCGAUGGAGCAUCUAACCCACCGCUUAAAUGGAGAAGGGUUUUGCUUAAAGUCAGUGGUGAAGCUCUUGCUGGAGACGAGCAACAGAAUAUUGACCCAAAGGUUACUAUGUCCAUUGCGAGAGAAGUUGCAGCUGUGACUCGGCUUGGCAUUGAGGUUGCGAUCGUUGUUGGAGGAGGAAACAUCUUUCGUGGAUCCACCUGGGCUGGCUGCAGUGGCCUUGAUCGCUCCUCUGCUGAUUAUAUCGGGAUGAUGGCAACUGUGAUGAAUGCAAUAUUCCUUCAAGCGACAAUGGAGAGCAUCGGCAUCCCAACACGUGUCCAAACCGCUUUCCGAAUGUCGGAAGUUGCAGAGCCUUACAUUAGAAGACGAGCAAUUAGACAUCUAGAGAAAGGCAGGGUUGUUAUAUUCGCAGCCGGGACAGGCAAUCCAUUCUUCACAACUGAUACUGCAGCGGCUCUUCGUUGUGCUGAGAUUAACGCAGAAGUAGUACUAAAAGCAACGAACGUUGAUGGAGUCUUUGACGAUGAUCCUAAAAGAAACCCAAACGCUCGCCUCCACGAAUCACUAACGUACCAAGAAGUAACCUCAAAGGAUCUCUCUGUGAUGGAUAUGACUGCUAUCACUUUAUGCCAAGAAAACAACAUCCCAGUUGUGGUUUUCAAUCUGUCUGAGCCUGGAAACAUUGCGAAAGCAAUCAAAGGAGAAAGAGUUGGCACAUUGAUUGGAGGAACUUGGAACUCUAUUGUUACUGCCACAUGAAGAAUCUUCUUCCUUAAUAUGGUAACUUAGGUCAGGAGAAUCUUACAACUCCUAUAUAUAUAUAGCUUGCAGAAACCUCUUUACUUCCUAGGAACGUUAUCUGUCUGAAAAGUUUUGGAAGUUAAAUGAGAUGUUAUAUAAUAUAUAGUUUACAUUACAAAUACACAAAACUCAUUUAAAACCCCUUUGGACUAA